CCAGUAGAUGGAAAAACCUGUAUUGCAGUCCACUGGCAUCACCAAGCGCACAUAAUUUGAAUACAGAGACAGGCUCCUGUAGCAAUGCACUAAACUCUCCUGGGCAUCUCAAAUCGACUAACAAAGCACUACUAACCUGUGGCAGCUCAGGUUAUUUGAGCAUGCAUUCUGCACUGAGCUCUCAGUCGUCUGUGGACAGUGAGCUGAGUACAUCGGAUGACUCCAUCUCCAUGGGAUAUAAACUGCAGGACUUGACUGAUGUCCAGGUUAUGGCACGCCUUCAGGAAGAAAGCCUCCGUCAGGAUUGUGCCUCCAGCUCCGCUUCUGUAUCACGUCGCAGUUCCAGUGCCUCCCUUCACUCUCUGCGAAGAGGCACCUACAGCGACCAGGAGUUCGACACAUACAGCCUUGAGGAUGAGGAUGAUUACGAUUGUUCCCUGUCAUAUCGUAGCGCUCACAGGUACUCACCAUCGCCGCUCAGCUCACCCCGAUGUCAGUCCCCUUCUUCCAGUGCAGAUUACGGCAGGUCAUCUGCUUCUCGUAUCCGUCCCCCAAGGAGAUCUGUGCAAAGUCCGAUGCAAGACCGGCUCAAGUACGCCAGCAGCGAAGAGGAGAUGCGCCACAGCAUGCCCAACCUGGCCAGGACGAGCCUUCGAGCUUUGGAGUCUGUAAGGAGCAGUCGAAGCUUGGAGUCGGACCUGCAGGCGCCAGGCAGUCGAAUUCCAAGAACUCAGCAGCGGUCAGCAGGUCUGGCUCCCAGUAAGCUCAGGUAUUCCUCCAGUGCUGGGCAGUCUCCCUUAACAGUGCGACAGCCGAUGAAAGCAGGGUCAUGCACAAACUCCCUGUUAACGCCCAGGCAGCCGGUAAAAGUCUGCAGUUACACAAGUCCCGUUAGUGGAGUUCGAAAACCACAGGCAUCUUCGCUUAAUUCAGGCUCCUCCAGUAGCAGUUGCGCGACCAGAAGCAGUAACAUGGUCACCGUGGCAAAAAAUUCAUCCAUUAAAGCACGCACGUCUGUUGGAGGAAUCUCGGUGCCCAAGAGCAAGCCGACACCACCAUCCAGGAGAUUCCUUCAGUCAGCACAGACCACUCAAGCCCCUGAGGAUGACUCCUGGAAGGAGGGGUGUUACUGA